AUGAGAGAGACCCAGCAACGGUCAAGAAGGCCCUACGCCGAGACGAGAAGAGCCCAUCUCGUCGGUCGACCUUGCCGACUCGAGGGGAAACGCUGUCGCCCUCCCCUCGUCGCGGCAUGCCGCGACAGACCAUCUCGCCAUGACGAUAUCCUCAAGACGAUUCAGACGCUCCUGAAGCCACUAACCGAGGGCUUCAAAGCGAUGCGAGCCCAGCAAAAGAAGACCCAGGAGCAGGUCGAUACCCUGACCCAAGAAGACGACGAGGAACCGUUGGACCCCGCUGCCGCGACGACCAACGGAACCACUAAUCCCCCGGAGUUGACAAAAGCACUUGCCGACACCCGGAGGAGCCCACUCACAGCAAGGAUUCGCCGAGUCCAACUCCACGACAGAGUACGACUUAAGAUCGAACCCUUUGCUGGCGACCAAGACCCGAAGAAGUGGUUGACGGCAUUCAACCUCGCCAUGACGAGAGAGAAAUAUGACUCUCUCGACGAGAGGGAUGCAAACUAUUGUCAAGUCUUCGUCGAGCAUAUGACGAACGAAGCCCUUGUCUGGUUUUCAAACCUCCCUGCCGAGACGAUUGAUAACUUUGACGAUCUGACCAAUGCUUUUCUGAAGCACUACUCCAUGAACAUGACUAGGAUCACCCGAAACAUGUUCACUGUGACGCAAUCAAAAGGCGAGCCCUUAAGAGAAUUCAUCGAAAGAUUCAAGAAAGCAACACUUGAUCUCGACGACAUGCCAGAUAGUGUCCCGCUCGAAGCACUUCGUAACGGUCUCUGGUACAACUCAAAGUUCAAGGAAGACCUAUCGCUGAGACCAUCGACGAACUUGGAAGACGCGCUCCACCGAUCCCAAAACUACAUUUUCCUUGAGGAGGAUAAAGACUUCUAUGCCGAGAAGCACGGCGUGAAGAGAUCAUUCCCUUUUGCAGAAGAUGACAGCCCCGAGAAUCACUGGGACGUGACCGAGAUGCCGUCACAAUCCGCUCCGUCAACCCCAUCUCGUCUCCGCUCGACGACACCACGAAUGACGAGUGCGAUCAUACUUUGUACUGUCGCUUCCACAGAAGAACUGGUCAUUCUAUCGACACCUGCACGGAACUCAUCAGUAACCUCUUGGAGCAGUACGAGAAGGAAAACUUUCCGGUGGAAGACUUCUCCCACGUUCAUGGAUCUCCAUGAACUUGCGAAAUUUCUGGUCUAG